AUACAAGGAGGGACAUAGAGACACACAACAUAGUUUAUUUGUACAUGGACUCAGCCAAUCUACAGAAGAAUCAAAUUAGGCAUAUUUGAAUAUAUUUCUUGACAAAGAAUGCCAUGAGUGAAACAAAGGUCUAGUAGCACGACCACCACCACAAAGACUGUAUAAUUCUUAGGUCUUGCUGAAAUUCAAAGUGGGACCACUGGGAAUACAUGACCUAUUCACAUGAUAAUAAUUAGCUUCAAAAGAAACAAUCCUUAUUCUAAGGAACAUACAAACUAAACAAACAAAAUGUGGGAGGAGCAAGCAUAGAAUGGGUUAUCAACAGCUCAGUAGUGAAAGUGAAAGUAAAUGAGGCAGCUAGUUUUAUGGGCAUUAUCCCAUGAGGCUGGCAAACUGGAAAUGCAGCAGAAUAAUCACAUCGGCUGCUACUAAGAUUUCUGAAACUUGCGUAGCUGUUGCUACAGGAACCAAGAGUACCCGGGAAACAUGGAUAGCAGCAAAAGGAGCCUCCGUCUUCCAGUCUAGGCAUAUGAAUAUAUGGCUUAGAAAGCAAAUCAACUGUCUCAUUAAUGAAGGGAACAACAUCAAGGCAAAUGUUUGGGAUCUGCAAGUGACUAUGAGGAACAUGAAAGCUGAGCUCAAAAGGAUAAAGCACACUGAAGAGAAAAUAACUUAUUUAGAAAAAGAGAUUGAAACAGCAAGGAAAAAUCAUGAAGAAGAGAACAUAACCACAUCUUCAGAGGAGCAGUAUCUUAAAAAGCUGGAGAAAGACAAGGAAAAUUUGCAUUUGAGAAUCUUCAUGCUUUCUGAGAAGAGUUCAGCUUUGAUAGCAUCCAAAGAGAUCAACCAGCAAAGUUACCUGCAGCUCUACUGUAAUGUCAAUAAACUACAGAGGGAACUUCAGGAAUGCAAACUGAUCUGUGUGGAGGAAGAUGACGUUUUCACAAAGAUGAAGCACCAAAUCAGAGAGCUAGAAGAGUAUAUACAAGAAUACCAAGGGAAAAUACAGGUUCUUGAAGACAGAGAGAAAAACCUGAAGAAGGAGCUGUCAGCAAUUGUGAAAGACAAGACUCAACAUCGUAUCAAGUUUCAAGGCAAGUUUUUGAACCUACAUCCAAAGAGCUUGAUGUAUGAAAUAGCCAGGGCUGAACUGGAAGAAAAAAUACGGAAAGAAGAAAAUUCUGUGAAGAAGCAGCUUUGUGGUGGUAGGGUAAGGAUAGCCUGGAUCUUCAAAGUGUUGUGGCACUUUGUUGGCUUCCUGCUUGUGAUCCUCCUGCUGGUGUUUCUAGUCACCCUCUUCAUUCUCCAUUUCUGCCUUUCAAAUCAAACUAUGACAGAGGCAUAUCACCACUCUACAUGGCAGAUCAUGGGCUAUUAUAUCCAGCCGUAUAUGGAGAUGCACAGUUCUGGAAUCUUACCAAACUGAUCUCCAAACUGAAAGAAGAUGCUGAAUAGAGAAAGCCUGUCAUUAUAAUGCAUCAGAGUUUGUGGAUAAAGCUGAUAUCCUAUCAA